UUCCCCACCAAAACAUUUUCAAAAAUUGCCCAAAAAUGUUGACAUCAGAAGUUUCACUGUGAAAAUACUUUUUAAAUCACAUUUUCAAACUGUAAAACGUGUCAGUUUGACCCACAGGGCAACACGAGGGUUAAUAAACACCCGCAGCAUCAGUGCUGCGCAUUUACGCACGAGGUGCACAGCAGCGGUGCCUUCAUUAAGAUGUGAAGAUCAAUAAUAUCCAGUCUCUGUUCCACACAGAUUCUAGGUUUAUAGGGUUUAAUUAUUUGUAUUAAAUCUUCUGUGGGUGAAUCCUGAGUUCCAUCAGAGCUGUCAGGAGACUUUUAUUAAGGUAUGCGGCCAUAACGAAUAAAAUUACGCAGCACUGCUUGAACUGUGUUACUAGAAGGACUAUAAAAUGAUUUUAGUCCAAUAAUUUGCUUUUCAGCAUCUUUGUUCCCACUGAGAUGCUUCAAUCAGAGGCGGAUCUUGUCAGAAAAAGUUCAAAUAGCUUUGAGGCUCUGCACAUUUCUGACAGGUGAUGGAAACUCGUGCACAUACGUAGAAAAACGAAACGCAGAAAUGGACAAUAUGGAUUAUAGAUUUAGCUUCAGAUCAGAACUGGUCAAGCACAGGCGCGUGCGUGCAUCAUUGAAGUCAUGGCAACAGAAGGUGACGCGCACCUAUAAAAGGCCUGCUGACCUUUACACGUUCCCAUUUUGCAUUCGGACGUUUACCUGGCCACUUGCAAAUCUACAAGCGAGCUGCAAAGCUAGCCAUUUUGGAAAGUCGGAAAGUUGCAACUGUUUGGACACUUCGGACCUCAGCGGAUUCACGCCGGAUAAGCGACAGCACACCUGAAGGAACACCUGAAGUCGGCAAGCUCGACCGUCACCAUGAAGAGGACCUCGGCCUACUCCAGGUACCGCACAUCCACACGUCCAACCUCUCUCACCUCCUCUCCCCCUCCCUCCAAGCUUCCUCGCUGUGCUUCCCCCCUCUCUCCUCUCUCCUCUACCUCCCCCUCUCGCUCUCCCUCCAUGCUUUCCCCUCUCGCUGCCCCCUUCUUUCCCUCUCGCGAUUCCCUCUCCUUCUCCUCCUCUUCCUCCUCUCCCUCCAUGCUUUCCCCUCUCGCUGCCUCCUUCUUCCCCUCUCGCGAUUCCCUCUCUUCCUCCUCCUCUUCCUCCUCCUCUUCCUCCCCCUCCUCCUCUUCCUCCUCCUCCUCCUCUUCCUCCUCCUCUUCCUCCUCCUCCUCCUCCUCUUCCUCCUCCUCCUCUUCCUCCCCCUCCUCCUCUUCCUCCUCCUCCUCCUCUUCCUCCUCCUCUUCCUCCUCCUCCUCUUCCUCCUCCUCCUCUUCUUCCUCCUCCUCUUCUUCCUCCCCCUCCUCCUCUUCCUCCUCCUCCUCCUCUUCCUCCUCCUCUUCCUCCUCCUCCUCUUCCUCCUCCUCCUCUUCCUCCCCCUCCUCCUCUUCCUCCUCCUCCUCUUCUUCCUCCUCCUCUUCUUCCUCCUCCUCCUCCUCUUCCUCCUCCUCCUCUUCCUCCUCCUCUUCCUCCUCCUCCUCCUCCUCUUCCUCCUCCUCCUCUUCCUCCCCCUCCUCCUCUUCCUCCUCCUCCUCUUCUUCCUCCUCCUCUUCUUCCUCCUCCUCCUCCUCUUCCUCCUCCUCCUCUUCCUCCUCCUCUUCCUCCUCCUCCUCCUCCUCUUCCCCCCUCGCCUCCCCGUUCUCUCCUCACUCCUCAUCCUCAUCCUCUCACUCUUCUUUUAUUCCCGUCCCUCUCCCUCUCUCUCCUUCCCUUCCCCGUCCUCUUUCUCUUCUUCUCCCAUUCUCUCCUGUCUCCUUCUGCUCCUCACCCCCCUCUCACUCUUCUUUUUCUCCCCAUCCUCCCAUCGUCUCUCCUCCUCCUCCCCCCCGAGCCCCAGCAGCAAGGGAGGCCCACUUUGGCUUCUCGGGCCACUACCAAGCCUCGUGCGAAGGUAGUGGCUCCGGUUCCAAAGUGGGGGCCCGCUUUGGCUCCGCGGCCCGCUGCCAAGCCUGGUGCAAAGGCAGUGGGUCCGGUUCCAAAGUGGGUAAGGAACAUACGGGCCAUCCUCAAGGAGAGGCAGAGGCAACGUGGCUGCCCGAAAG